UCAAUGAGAGUGCGAUGGGCGAGGGGAAGUCAACGGAUGCCCUCGGCGCGCAGGAGGAUCCGGACUUUGAGGAGCUCCGGCCGCCGGAAGGCGAACUGGAAGACCUGGACGAAGUGGACCUGCAGCCUUGCCUGAAUGGGGAAGACAAAUCUGGCGUGUUGCUUGGAGCGAGGAGUUACGCGUUCUCUCGCGUCCACGAGCCCAACUGCAGCCUGCUCAGGCCCAGCGACCGCCUGCUUGUACCCAACUGCGCCCUGGAGGUGAAGAUUGUGGCCGUGGAGCGAGACCACAGCAGCACCCACAUCAUCUACCCCAACCUGUAUGUAAUAGAACUGCGCCACGGCGACUUCCAGUGGACCAUCCGUCGGAGGUACAAGCAUUUUCAACAACUGCACCAGCACCUGCAGAUCUAUAGGGCAGCCAUGGCAAUACCACUGCCCACAAAAAGGCAUCGCGAGAGACGUCGUAGCUACCGCGAGGACAACACCAAGAAGAGGCCGCUGCCCCGAUUCCCCAAGAAGCCCGAGAGCUUGCUGUCACACGACGAGGUCCAGCAGAGAUCUGAACAGUUGGAGGCUUACCUACGUAAUCUGAUGAUGGUUCCUUCCUACAGGAUGAAUCCACACACGAUGGAGUUUCUGGAGGUGAGCCACCUGUCCUUUGUGGGUGCCCUGGGCCCCAAGGGCAAGGAGGGCCUGGUGUACAAGCGCUCGGGAGGACACCACAGUUCCAGGGGCUGCCUCCGGAUAAACUUCCUCUUCUACCAGUGCUGCAGCCGAUGGCGAAAGAGGUGGCUGAUUGCGAAGGACACGUGCGUGCUGUACGUACGUCCACGCGACGGAGCGAUCAAGUCGGUUCUCUUGAUGGACCAGGGCUUCCAAAUCCAGUCCGGCUUCAUGGCCACGGGAGUCAACCAUGGCCUGCUCGUCACGAAUCUCACCAGGAACCUCCUUGUGAAGUGCUGGACGAAGCGUAAGGAGCGGGAAUGGAAGGACACCCUUCAGGACCUGGCAAAGUCCUCGGGAAAAGACUUCACCAUGCCCAAUCGGUACGACGCCUUUGUGCCGGUCCGUUCGUCCAACCGCUGUCGCUGGUUCAUUGACGGCGCCAAGUACUGCGAGGCAGUGGCCAACGCUAUCGAGCUGGCGAGGGAAGAGAUCUUCAUUGCUGACUGGUGGCUGACGCCAGAGAUCUUCCUCAAGCGGCCCAUGACGCACAGCGACCGCUGGAGGCUCGACAAGCUGCUCAAGAAGAAAGCUGAAGAAGGAGUGAAGAUCUUUGUGCUCCUGUACAAGGAAGUGGAGAUGGCCUUGAGCCUCAACAGCCUGUACAGCAAGCAGAGGCUGGUGGCCCAGCACCCAAACAUCAAGGUGCUGCGCCACCCCGACCACGUGACGGGCGGCAUCCUGCUGUGGGCGCACCACGAGAAGCUGGUGGUCGUCGACCAGAAGUUUGCCUUUCUGGGCGGGCUGGACCUCUGCUACGGGCGCUGGGACGACUUCAACCACAGGUUAACGGACGUCGGCGGGAUCAAGAUGCAGAGGCAGGUGUCCAAGACGGAGCUUCGAGGGGUCACAACUUCUAUGAGCGAGGUGGCCAAGAUGUUGCUGGCGGCGCACAACCUGGCGCGACGGUCGACCAGCGUCUCUGACAGCGAGGCUCCCGGGGAUGGCGACUCCGCGGCCGUCCAGAUGUCUCCAAACUCCGUGGGGGAGGGCGGAGUUGCGGCAGGCGGUGCCGAGACAGAUGGCAGGCGUCACCACCCCUCGGCUGCCCCGGAAGCGGCGGUCUACGUAGACCAGGAGGAGGGAAAAGUGGUCCCGCCAGACGACGGACGCUUGAGGUUGACCAACAACAUUCACCGAGCCCGCAGGGUCUUCCGGGCCGUCGCCGCAUGUCAGGAGCUAAAGAGGCGCACUGAGGGGAUGCAGGCCUUCCACAGACAUACGCGCAGAGGCUCCUUGGAUUCCCUUGGCCCGACCGAGCUGGUGGGAGUGUCGGAGCUGAAGCCUCAGCCCGAGGACCAGCUCGGCCUCCAGGGUGGGGCCAAGUACUGGCUCGGCAAGGACUACACCAACUUCAUCUUCAAGGACCUCACAGAGGUCAACGACCCCUUCAUCGAUAUAGUGAACCGCAAUGUGAUGCCGCGGAUGCCCUGGCACGACAUUGGCGCCGCCGUGAGUGGAGCUGCCGCAAGAGACGUGGCGCGCCACUUCAUCCAGCGCUGGAACUUCACCAAGUUUGAGAAGGCGAAGCAGCACGGCAACUACCCGUGGCUGCUGCCCAAGUCCUACCAGGGCGUGGAUCUGGAGGAGGCUCUUCCAGAGUCUGCGGUGGGACAGCUCUACACGGCCGACUGCCAGAUUCUGCGGAGUGCCAGCAGCUGGUCCACGGGCAUUCAAACGGUCGAGACUUCAAUCCACUCGGCCUACAUCGACGCCAUCAUGAACUCGAAGCACUUCAUUUACAUCGAGAACCAGUUCUUCAUCACGCUGGAACAAGGGAACCCGUAUGUCGAGAACCGGAUUGGGGAAGCCCUCUUUCAGAGAAUCCUCAAAGCAUACAGGAACAAGGAGAACUUUCGGGUGUACGUGGUGAUGCCUUUGCUGCCGGCCUUCGAAGGGGAGGUGGGCACGGACACUGGCACGGCCAUCCAGGCCAUCACCCACUGGAACUAUGCCUCCAUGUGCAGGGGGCCGUCUUCCAUCAUCGGUAGGCUCAAGGCAGCCGACGUGCCCGAUCCAACAAGCUUCAUAGACUUCUUUGGCCUGCGGAAACACGAUGAACUGCUUGGGAAACUGGUCCAGGAGCUGGUGUACGUCCACAGUAAGCUGAUGAUUGUGGACGACGAGGUAACCAUCAUCGGCUCGGCGAACAUCAACGACCGGAGCAUGAUGGGGCGGCGCGACAGUGAGCUGGCGGUCGUAGUGCACGACGUGGACCGGGAGAAGUCGGUCAUGGACGGGCGCUCGUACGCGGCCGGCAAGUUUGCAGGCACCCUGCGGAGGACUCUGUUUCGAGAACACCUGGGGCUCCUGGAGACGGAGGGCAGUGCCGUGGACACGAGGGACCCCGUGGCAGCGUCCUUCUUUGACGGUGUCUGGCGCAAGACCGCACGCAAGAACACGGAGAUCUUCGAGAAGGUGUUCCGAUGUAUCCCAUGUGACAAAGCACGGAGCUUCAGCGGUCUUCGGGAGUUCACGGCGAUCCAGGGACUCGCCGACACAAAUCCAGACCUCGCAAGAACCGAACUUCGAGAGGUCAGGGGUCACCUAGUGGAGAUGCCUAAGGAAUUCCUGGCGGAAGAAUCCCUCACACCAGCGUCGGGAACCAAGGAAGCACUCAUGCCUGUUGCUCUCUGGACCUGAGUUUCAUCAGAACUUAUACACUUCACCUACAGACACGCUGCCAACAUGUUGCCCGUGUGCUGCUAUAUGGGCCAGUUUGUACCGACAUGUGAGUGAUUCAUUGUCAGUUUGGUGCCAGUCUGUUGCUGGCAUAUGGCCGAUUGGUGUCAGUUCGUUGUCCACAUGCUGCUCUUAUGCAGCCACAUGGUGCCAGCUGUUGCCAGUAGCCCAUUUGUUGCUUGCACGCUGCCAUUAUGUUGAUACCAUGUUGCCGGUCUGGCGCCAGUAUGUUGCCAUCAAAGUUUGCAUUUAUUCAGCCCAAAUGCGCCCAAUUGCAGACUGCUUGCUUAUGUGUUGCCGUUGUUGCCGAUGCAUCUAUUCAGCCUGAAUGUGUGUCUGUGCGUGCUGACGGGAGGAAACAAAUCAGGGGUCAUAGCAGUCCUGUCCUGUCCAGCAUGCCACUGCAGGCUUGGGAGUCUGACUGCAGCAUUGAACCUGAGGAAUUCUAGAAAAAAAAGGCAAAAAAGAAAGUCUUCAGGAUGCAUGCUUCUUUGUUCAAAUGGAGAUUAGAGGCUGUUACUUUACAACAGUACCACGUUUUUUUUCUUUUACCGUAUGCAUGUUUAUGAGCAUACAUUUAAACUAUAUAAACACCUAUAAAACUCGCAUGCUAAAUGUAUGUACCUUUUAGAGACCUUUGACAAAAGAGCUGUUUGGUCUCGGUUCUGCACCCUGAUCUUCCCCCCGUGAUAAUGGAUAGACCUUGUUGGUUUCUCAGUGAUCAACCUUUUAUGGCUUUGUUUUCUUAUUAACCAAACACUUAUGCUUUCUUUGUCACGUUUGCAGAAUAAUUUGAGGUUGAUUGGCAUAGUUAACAGUAUUAUGAGCAAAGAUAUGUGCUAUGGAGGGGUGAAACGUUGUGAUGCUGUAUUUAUCCGUCUACGUGAGUAGUGUAGCGACAAAUAAAAGAAAUGCCUACCGAAGGCAAAGCAGCAGUCUCGUACUACUACUCAACUGUGGCAUCCAUGGCUUGCAACCUGAACAUGGGAGAGCUAAUUGUAGCAAUAAUAUUGGCUAUCAAUCGGGCCACUUUAGGGGGUUUUAAUUCCUCGUAAAGCAAUCAUUAGACGUGCAAAUUUGGAAAUUGAAUUGGAAGACAUUUGAAUAUGGACUCAAAUAUUUUCCGCAAAAUGCUCGAGCUGCAUUGGAUGCAAAUAUGGCACUCCUAAUUAGGCUUAAAAAUCCCUUUUCUUCUCAUGAAUUUUUAAUGGUCUCAAAGAGCACCAUUCAUUAUCAAGGGCUCUGUUGUUGUAGCUGUCACUUUGCCACAGCACACAUUCAAGGGAGCUAAAUGAGUUCUUCCUGGCGAACUGGUUUAACUGUGUAUUUGUUUCAGAGGUUGAAUCAAAUACAGAAAUAUUUUAGCUGAUUUCUGCUUUUCUUGUUCUAUGUUUAGUGUCUAUCCAGUUCUGGCUUCCACUGCUCAUUUGAAUUAUGUGCCAUCCAAAGAGGAGAGUUCUGCUAAAGUUAUUUAGUGUCUAAUGUUUGCAAACUUCGAGAAAUAUAAUUCACACUUCGCCGGAAUGCAAUGCGGCCUAGUGAUCUGUCGCAGUUACAGCGUGCAGAUCCUCAUUUUGGCGUGACCACUGUGCAAGAAUGUGACAUGAAAUCAUAGUUUGUCAGCCAUUUAUUCCAAAGCCAUAGGCUAUUCAUGAAUUAUUUUGUUUUAUCAAUACCUGCAUUGACUUAGGUCAUUUUAUUUUACAUCUUAUACGCACAGUGACCGCCGUUGCGAUGCGAGAAAAUAACCGGACAUAAGAUGAGAUUGAAGUGGAGAUUGAGUAGGUUCGGCUUUUUGCUCCGUUUGGGUCAGUAUGAUUGAGGUGAGUUUAGCAGAUGUUCCACGAUACAUUUCAUAGAUUUUGUACAAACAUCUUUUCUGCUACUGCUGCUUGUCUGAGGCAGGCUUUGGCCCUGAGUGUGUGUAUAUAUAUCUAUCUGAGGAUGUCUGGGGAUUUCGGUUCUGGUCUUGUCUAUAAGGAGUCAGUGUCAUGUGUCCACGCCAUCAUCAUUGUCAUACACACAAAGAACAACUGCUUUUUGAAGCCCCUUUUUUGGUCUCUGUUCUGUGUAAUGUGUAUAAUGGCAUGGUUAUUACACAAAAUGAGGCUUGUUAACUUUAAGCAGUUUACUACUCUGUUUUCAUUUCAGCUUGAUCUAAAAUAUCUGAAACAUCUUAAGAAUGAAACAAUGCUGCACACUUUGUUUUGAGUUCACAGGAAUGUGUUUCAUUUGUCCUAGAUCUAGUAACCAUUUGGCUUUUUUGUCUUCUGUUUUCACUUCGUCGGCUUGAUACUUCCGAAGAUUGUAUCUGCUGUUUUUUACGACUAUGCAUCCUAGCUGUUUAUCAACCAACCACAUCUUCUGUUCAAACUUAUGUAACUUGCUUUUCCAAGCAACAUUUGAAGUGUAUAGCAAUGUAGGCCACAAUUAUAUACCUCAAUGCUAAGUUGGAGUGUGGUGCUUAAUGUUUUUCUGGGAACCUUAAGUUUGAUGCUCUCCCACAUCAUACCUAAUGUGGGAGAGCAGAAGCUUAGCCAGGUCUCCGAUACACUGUUGCCCACUUUUUGUAUGAUAGGUUAUGCACAUUGUGACAUGAACAUCAUAAUGACUGUCUAUGACAUUAUUAUAAAAACAGAAACUACUUUGUUUUUGUUUUUUAGACUCAUUAUUUUUUACAUCUUUUUUUUUUUUUUGUAAAGAGUACCAUUGAAAGAGAAACUAUGAGAAUGAGUUUAUUGUCAGUCUUGAUUUCUUCAUUUUGUUAUCUCAGGUUCUUACCAUAGGUAUCCCAAGAGAUCUGAAUUUUUUUAUAAGCAGCAUUCAGAGAGGUGUUGUCUUCAUUUUUGAUAUUUUCCUUUGUGUCGUUGUAUGGACUUUCAAGUUUGAGUUUUGCAUUUUAUGUACGAGUCGUAUUGUUGCCUGAAAGCCUAUUUCAUAGCACUCUGUGUCGAGAUUAUUGACUGUUGCCGUUCCUUAUUUAAAUAAGAACUGUUUGUUCAAGCAUGCUUGCAAUAAUCUUUCUAAAUAUACCAGGAAUGUAUUGUUAAUUAGUUCAUAGUUUAGCCCUCUUCAUGGCCAGUUCUGUUUGUCAGGCCAAAAUAAUUUUACCUCCGUUCAUUACUACUAUUCUUGCAUUGCUUUCUAUCACAAGGCCCGGUUUUAUGGAUGUUUGUGUUUUAGGAAAUUAUUUUCCAACUUGUUACCCCUUUACUAAUGCAGCAGGUAUAACUGUCAAGAGAUAUAACUCGCCAGCGUCAUCUCUUAUCUCAAUGACAUUACUUGCCGCGAGUGUGCUAGUCGAGCUCGCUGAAGCGUCGUAGCUCAUUUACCAGCACUGUGAGGAAUGUUUGAACUGCUUUUUUGUUCUGUUUUGUUUUUCAAGGUGGAAGGCUCAUGCCUGUUUCUCAAUAACUUUAUACAACUUUUAUCUCGGCGAUCAGUGAACUUUCUCUCAGGUGAAUUAUUUGGUAUUUUAACAUGUGCUUUUGUAUAAAUUGUGCUCUGUCAGUUUUGGUGGCGUUUUCUCUAUGCAAUGAUGUGCAACAAAGGCAGAAGGGGUGGCCUGUGCACGACAAUAGAUACAAUUGCUUAUGCUGUAUUGUUUCGUGUAAGGGUUGUCCCAACUACCAAAAUAUCAUCAACAUUUUCAUUGUAACCGCAAUAUCUUUGUGUCUCUUCCAUGUAGAUCGAUCCAGAAAGCAACGAGGUGUUUGUGCGCAGAAUGUAUUUUAAUCCCACGAAUGAUUGAUGUUGCAUAAGCUUGUAUUGUGGCAGCGCUUGAACUUGUUACUUUAGUAUGUUGAAGCAAACAAGGACUGCUUUUCUUCACAUCUUGCAGGGAAACAGUAAAUUAAUCUUAAAUUUCCUCAAUUAAUUUGUGGCAUUUAUGGAAUUCAGUUUCUUCAAACUUGGCAUUUUGAAGAAACUAAGAGAGUUGCAGAAACUCACAAGUAAUAUUUGCUGGCAAAUUGUAAUGCUUUUAAUUUUGAUAGCAGCCAUCUUUUUAUUUUUCUCACGAGGCAUGCAUUUGCAUCUGUAGCAGAUGAUAAUAAGGUUUCUUCUAAACUUUUGAAAGACAAAGGGUAGAAUUAUGCUGAAAUAUUCUUGUCACUUCCCGAGUGUGCUCUUUUUCAGAAACAGCAAAAUUUAUUGGCCCUUUCUAUGUCACGAGAUGAGCAGCAAAGUUCUUUACGAAAUAAUGCAACUCUAAAUUUAUGACCUACUGGUUCAGUUGGUGCCUUUAAUUGCCGAUUCGCCCCAAACGAGCGCACGAUUGACUCUCUUCCAUUUUCCUACCUUUACAUCGCUGACAACAACAACUCCCUUCCAAGCUGCCUUAUGUUUCUAUUAGAGGUGUGCGGUCUGUUUCACAAACGGUGCGCAAACCUUUGAAGGUUGCGAGCUAUGCUGCAAGUGACCUUCCGUAACACAGCGGAGUUUAAAAUCUGCAACUGUUUCAUACAACAAUUCUGCUUCUAUAUUUUACAUAUAUAAUGUUUACAUAGAUAAUAUUUGAGCAACAGAAAGACAAUGACUGGAAUCUCUGGAGUACUGUACAGAUUUAAAUUCUCAGGGCGGCAAAGGCAACAGGCCCGAGAUUGCAAUUUUGAAACGUGCUUUCACCGAGCGAGCGCUUGCGCUUGUAAGGCACAAAGCAUAGCAUUGGGCCCCCUAACAAAGCACAGCAUUGGGCGAGGGGAAGGGAGAUAAGGAUCUGGUGCGUGUGAUGGGUCGAAAAUCAACAGUCCAAUAAGGUGCUGCGGCAUUCGUGCAAACGCUGCCAAUCGGAACGGGCCACAGCCUUUUGCAGCUUUGGAGUAGCAGGACAAGCUUCUCCCGCUAAAGCUCUCUGCUGGCCGUGUUAAGGGGUUUCCUUCUCUCAAGCUUUCUUCUGCUGAAGUAGAAAGAGUAAAGUGCCUUGUGGGAAGAGCUUUUGCUGCUAUUCCAAACCUGCAACAGACUGCAGGUAGCAUGUGGGGCAAUAUACUGAACCCCUCCUGUUCAUCAGCAGACAGUGUUUCUUGAUGUCGAGGACAGGCAAAAUGUGAAGGCCUCCAGGUUUCGACACAUACUGUUUUGUAUGUGUGGCUGAAGCCACCUCCCAAUUACUCCUUGUUGUCUUUAUUUCGUGCCUUGAACUCCACUUCAGUGCCGUUGGGUUCUGUUGCGUGUAAUAUUGUGGGGUGUGCGACAAUGCUGAUGCAGAUCUGUGCCUUGCGGCGUGCUCCACAAGACGGAACGCUGCGCCUUUGUUCAGUUUUGUGACAAGCUACUUUUUGUGGCUGACCUUUGAUAUUUAUAUGUGUUCGCUGCUGCAAUAAAUUCAUGUCCGCGCUGCCGAUA